AUGACAUUAUACGAAACAGCAGCUCCAAGAGUAAUUAAGACAGCCAAGGAUGUUCCAGCAGGAAUAUUGAUUGAGAAAUUUGCUCAACAAUUAAAGAAGGGUGGGAAGAUGGUUAUGCCAGAAUGGAUUGACCAUGUUAAGACAGCUUCAUCGAAGGAGUUACCACCACAAAACCCAGAUUGGCUCUACAUUCGUACUGCCUCAAUCUUAAGACACUUAUAUGUCAGACCAAAUGCUGGUGUUGGUGCUCUUUCCAAGUUUUAUGGUAGGAAGCAGCGCAAUGGAACAGCUAGAAACCACUCAGCUGUUGCUUCCCGUGGAAUUAUUCGCUACUGCUUGAUUCAACUUCAAUCUCUUGGUUUAGUAGAGUUCAAUCCAAAUACAGGUACCCGUAGACUUUCUCCACAGGGUCAACGCGAGCUUGACUCCAUUGCUAGACAAUGCAAAGCAUAA